AAAAAAUGACGUUUACUCUAAAUAAAUAAACAGCUGGGCGGAGGCAUGUAUCAUAGACUGCUGUUCUUUGGUCACGUGGGCCAGUGUGGGCUUCACUGCAUGAACCCCUGCAUCUAUCAAUCCCUCUUCCCCCUCUCCCCCUUCUCAUUACCCCAAAACUGUUCCUCCAUUAUUUCACUCAUUUCCCUUCACACAUUCUCCAGAGAAUUCCAAGUUUUUUUGAAGCUAGGGUUGCCUUUUUUGAAGGGUACUUGCGUGGUGGAGAUACGGGUGAGUUAGCUAGAUAGGACAAGCUUUAGAAAAAGAGAGGGGGUGUUAUAAGAAAACGAAGUGCUUUAUGUGGGUAUUCAUUGGCGGCCAUGUCGUGGGUAGGCAGGAGGAGAGGGUUGUUUUCUUCUGUGGCGGUGCUGUGGAUCAUCUUCAUGUUACAAAUUUGGGUCUGCUGUGAGUGCCGGCCCGGAGCUAUGCGGGUACUUUCAGGAAAUCGGAUGUCGGUGAAGAUGGCGCCGGUAGAGAGCCAAGGUAUGACGUCGGAGGAGAAAAACGAGAUGUUCAGGAAGUUCUUCAAUGGAAGGAGUACUUUUGAUUUCAACAGAACAGAUAAAGGACUCGAAGAGAGCAAACGAAAGGUGCCCAGCUGCCCGGAUCCUCUGCACAACUAGUAGAAAUUAAACUCUUUCUGACCCCUUUCCUCUUUGUUUAAUCCCUCCUUUGAAAUUUGUUCAUCCGAUCCUACCCAAAAUACCCGCGUUUUCCUCAUCAUAUAUCAUGCAUGUACUAUGGUCAAGUUAGGUAAUUUGUAGGGGGAAAACGAGGGUAUUUUGGAAUUUUAGUCCUUUCAUUUCUUCUUGAUCCAGAAAUGGAACCACAAAUGUUUUGUAUAGAGGAGAUCAGGUGAGAGUGCAGAGUACUAUGUAGUGCUUACCUUGUUUCUACUACUUUUUUUGGAUCCAUUUUCAAAGGGUUCAACAUUUCUGUUUUGAAGAAGAAGAAGAAGAAGAAGAAGAAGAAGAAGAAGAAGAAGAAGAAGAAGAAGUUGAGGUAAAAAAUGUUAUAUCAGAGAUCGAUCAGAAGAUUUUGUUUCACCACUGUGGAAACAUUUUGAGUGUUUCACCCUCCAAUUUGCAUUUAACGGCAAUACUUGAUGCGUCUGUCUUUCAAGAAUUCAGCAGUAGUAGUUCCUUUUUCCCCUGAUGUGCUUGUCA